AUGGUUAAAACAAAUAAAGUUCAAAGUAUUUUAUAUACUCUUGAUGAAUUACGUCCAAUUCGAUCAUCUGUUGAUCAAUGUCGUUCUUAUUUAGUAAAAUUUAUUGAACAAUAUAAAUCAAUUAAUUUAUUAGACAUUGAAACACGUUUAUUAAAUCGUUGUGUUUAUAAAAAUUGGAAUGCACGUCGUGCUGAACUUGGUAUUCAAGCAAGUCGACGAAAUGUUCGUUUACUUGAACAAUAUUUAUCUAAACGUGAACAAUAUCUUGAACAAAUUCUAAAAGAAUUUAAACCAGAUGAUGUUGAAAUAUGUUUACCAUCACGUGGUACAUUUAAUCAAUUAAUUAAUAAUUUAGAAGAAUCAUCAUUAUUAUUAUUAAAAAUUAAACGUUUAUCAAAAUUAACUGUUGAUCGAUUAAGACUUGAAUGUUUUCGAGCUAAUUAUAUGCCAAAUUGUCUUGAUUAUGCUCGCUUUUUAAGUAAAGCAGCUGCACGUAGACAACCAAGUGCUAUUCGUGAAGCUACUCAACUAUUUCAACGAUCACCACCUUCAACUAUUAGUUUUGCAUCAGGAAGUCCUAAUGCAUCUUUAUUUCCAUUUAAGGAAGCAACAAUUACUUUAAUAGAUGGUACGGACAUUCAAUUAGAUGGGUCUGCAAUGUCUAAAGCAUUACAAUAUUUACCUACACCUGGACAACCAGAUUUAUUAGAAUGGUUCAAAAAAUUAAUAAAUCGUUAUCAUUCUCCAAAUGAUUUUAAACGAUAUGAUUUAUGUAUAACAAAUGGUUCAAUGGAAGGAUUAGGCAAAGUUUUUGAACUUGUACUCAAUCCUGGAGAUCCUAUUUUAGUUGAUUCACCUUGUUAUUCAGGAUCUUUAGAUUUUCUUCGUGGAUUUGGCGCUGAUAUUAUUAGUAUUGAAACAGAUUCGAAUGGUAUGAAUGCUAAACAUUUAAAUGACACUCUUUCAAGUUGGUCUACUUCAAAAAGUUUACCUAAAGCUCUUUAUACAAUUCCAAAUGGUUCUAAUCCAACAGGAUCAUCAAUGAAUUUAGAACGAAAAAUAGCUAUUUAUGAAAUUGCUAAAAAAUAUAAUCUUUUAAUUAUUGAAGAUGAUCCAUAUUAUUUUCUACAAUUUACAAAACCAGAUCCAUCAUUUUUAUCAAUGGAUAUUGAUGGUCGUGUUAUUCGACUUGAUUCUAUGUCAAAAGUUUUAUCAGCUGGAAUGCGUCUUGGUUUUGUUACUGCACCAGUACCAUUAUGGCAAAAAAUAGUUUAUCAUCAACAAGUAACAAGUAUGCAUGCAAGUUCUCUUUCACAAAUGUUAGCAUUAAAAUUAUUCGAAAAAUGGAAUUUAUCAGGAUUUGAUGAACAUACACAACGAAUUUCAAAGUUUUAUAAUAAUCAAAAAACAUUAAUGGUCAAUGCUAUUAAGAAACAUUUGAAAGAUAUGAUCACAUUCAAUGAACCAACAGCUGGAAUGUUCAUAUGGUUAAAAAUCAAUGGCAUUGAAGAUACAAGAAAAUUAAUUUAUGAAAAAGCACUUGGACAAGAAGUAUUACUUUUACCGGGUAGUGCUUUUUUCUUUGAUCAAUCAAAAUCUUAUCCAUUUGUUCGAGUUUCUUAUUCACUUUGCACACCCGAACAAAUUGAGACAGGUAUGACACGUUUUGGUAAAGUACUUCGAGAAGAAUUAAAUCACUAA